GGUCCUUGAUUGCCCCGUGAUCCUAGCACUUCGAUUAGGCCGUCUGUCCUGUGCAAUUAAGAUAAGUAAAUUAUGGUAGUGAGACCUGACGUGUGGGAAGCCCAGGGGAGUGACGAGCUAGACGGCUAGGCACUUUUGGACUUAGGUUUUUGUAGCUAAGCCGAUAGUCACCCAUGCUUGACAUAGUUGGGCACACCCGGGAUCAUUGCCACACUAUUACUGGGGCUUGCUUCAAAUGUGGCAAGCAGGGACAUCGGAUUGCAAAUUGUCCCCUAUUAGACCCCAAAGCUCAGAGUACUCAACCUACCUCUCCGCAGAGUUCUACCAGUCAGGGAGCGCAGAAACAGAGUACCGGGGUUCGGACAAGAGCCCAGCAGGCGAGAGUGCAAGUGAUGACUCACAAGGAAGUUGCGGCUACCGACGUAAUCACGGGUACCUUGCCUGUUAACUCUGAUUAUACGCAUGUUUUAUUUGAUUCGGGUGCAUCGCACUAUUUUAUUGCUCGAUCUUAUGCUUUGAAACGAGCUUUGCCUGUUGAUACCUCUGAUUGUGAACUGCAUGUGGACACCCCUUUAGGAGGGGUGAUGACUACUAAGGAGAUGUGUAGGACUGUAGAUAUUUAUAUUGAUGGUAGACAGCUGAGUGCUAGUUUGUUUGUGUUAGAUAUCUCUGAUUUUGAUAUCAUUUUGGGGAUGGAUUGGCUGUCAAAACAUUUUGCCUCUAUAGACUGUCAUCGGAAAUGGGUAAUUUUUAAUAUUCUUAGUGAGCCAGAAUUUAGUUUCCAAGGCAAUGGUUUUUUUGCUCCACCCAUGUUAGUAUCUGCCUUGCAGGCUCAGAAAUAUCUUGUAAAUGGUUGCCAGGGUUUCCUAGUCUCCGUUACUGAUGCUAGUAGUGUGACAUCGAGACUAGAGGACAUAUUGGUGGUGCGUGAGUUUCCGGAUGUGUUUCCGGAGGAUCUCCCAAGUUUACCUCUGGAUAGAGAGGUUGAAUUUGCCAUUGACCUUGUUCCUGGCACCGAACCCGUUUCCAAAGCACCAUACCUUAUGGCUCUUGCAGAAUUGAAGGAGUUAAAGGUUCAGCUGAAGGAACUCCUUGAGAAAGGGUUUAUACGCCCUAUUGUAUUACCUUGGGGAGCUCCAGUGUUGUUUGUCAAGAAGGAUGGGAGCAUGAGGCUAUGCAUUGAUUACUGGGAAUUGAAUAAGGUGAUUGUGAAGAAUUGGUAUCCCCUUCCUAGAAUUGAUGACUUAUUUGACCAGCUCAAGGGUGCUCAGGUAUUUUCUAAAAUUGAUCUUCAAUCUGGCUACCACCAGUUGAAGAUUAAACCGGAUGAUGUGCCAAAGACUACCUUUCGCACCCGUUAUGGUCAUUAUGAAUUCAUAGUCAUGCCAUUUGGCUUGACAAAUGCCCCUGCCAGAUUUAUGGAUUUGAUGAAUCGGGUGUUUAGCAAGUACCUAGAUCAAUUCGUGGUUGUCUUCAUUGACGACAUUUUGAUCUACUCUUCUAGCCGCACUCUUCAUGAAAAGCACUUAAGGACAGUCCUCGAGACAUUGAGGAGUGAGAGGCUAUUUGCUAAAUUUAAGAAGUGUGAAUUAUGGCUAGACAAUGUUGCAUUCCUAGGUCACGUGGUGACUAAGGAUAGAAUCUCUGUUGACCCCCAGAAGAUUGAGGCCGUGGUUGAUUGGAAAAGGCCAAAUAGUGUUGCAGAAAUCCGUAGUUUUCUGGGAUUGGCUGGUUAUUGCCGCCGAUUUGUGGGGGAUUUCUCUAGAAUUGCUCUGCCAAUGACUCGUCUUAUCAGGAAGGACACCAAGUUUGAGUGGACCCCAGAGUGUGAGAAGAGCUUUUUGACCUUGAAGGAGAAGUUGGUCACUGCUCCUGUACUUGCACUUCUAAUUAAUGGGGAAAAAUUCACUAUAUAUAGUGAUGCCUCUAAAAAGGGUUUGGGAUGUGUCUUGAUGCAAAAAGAUAGGGUUAUUGCAUAUGCUUCUCGGCAGUUAAAGCCUUAUGAAGAAAAUUACCCUACCCAUGAUCUGGAGUUGGCAGCUGUAGUAUUUGCACUCAAGAGCUGGAGGCAUUAUCUAUAUGGUGAGACUUGUGAAAUCUUCAUUGAUCACAAGAGCCUUAAGUAUAUUUUCACUCAAAAAGAGCUUAAUAUGAGGCAGAGGCGAUGGCUUGAACUUUUAAAGGACUACGACUGGACCAUUAGCUACCAUCCGGGCAAGGCUAACAAGAUACUUGAGGACAUGUUGAGGGCUUGUGUUCUAGAUUGGAAGGGUUCGUGGGAUCAACACUUAUCCAUGGCUGAAUUCGCAUACAAUAAUAGUUAUCAGUCCAGCAUCUACAUGGCACCGUUUGAGGCUUUGUAUGGUCGAAGGUGUAGAUCACCUGUUUGUUGGAUGGAAGUGGGCGAAAGGAGCAUUUUAGGCCCAGAAUUGGUGCAGCAAUCUUCUAAGAUUGUGCAAUUGAUCAAGGAACGCCUUCGUGCUGCACAAAGCAGGCAGAAAAGCUAUGUGGAUAAAAGGAGACGAGACCUUGAGUUUGAAGUUGGUGACCAUUAUGUUCCCGACCCGAGUCACAUCAUUAAUCCCGAACCAAUUCAACUCCGGGAGGAUCUUACUUAUGACGAGCACCCGAUCCACAUUUUAGAUUUCAAGGAGAGGAUAAUGCGGAGAAGGACCAUUCGUUUUGUUAAGGACCUCUGGAUAACCAUUCGAGAAGCCACCGGAUUUGCUGUCUUCUCCCCUCCCUUGUCGCCGGCUGUUGUUGGGUACAAGUCUUGGUUUUUCUGUCUGCGUGAAGCUCCUCCAAUUCUCGUCGGUCCUCCUAUACUCGUUAGCUCCAACUUUGCUUGUUGGGAAUUUUUGGUCAUUGAUUGCCCCGUGAUCCUAGCACUUGGAUUAGGUUGUCUGUCAUGUGCAAUUAAGGUAGUGAGACCUGACGCGUGGGAAGCCCAGGGGAGUGACAAGCUAAACGGCUAGGCACUUUUGGACUUAGGUUUUUGUAGCUAAGCCGUUAGUCACCCAUGCUUGACAUAGUAAAUUUUGUGUACAUAAUUUAGUGUUAGUCAUGAUUGUAUAUAUGAAGUGAUAAAUUUUGUACAUCUGA